AUGCCUACCACCACCGAAGUUGAAGCCCUCCGCUCUUGGGUUCUCUCCACCUCGGGCAACUGGCUGCUGAACAUCGCCAAAGCCGUCGCUCUCUCCAUUCCCCUGGGCCUCUUCAUCUCCGCGAUGUGCUGUUGCUGGAUUCCCUGCCUCUGGUACACCGACCACCUCACCGACGAAUUCCUCGACAUCAGCGUCUGGACGGGCCGCCUCCUCCGCGGCGAGUACGGUCCCGCAGGCGGCUGGAUCCCCCUCAUCCGCCGCCGUGUCAGAAUGUUCUUCAUGGGUCGCGAGGAGCGCGCCGAGGCCCAGCGCCGCGAGGCGCAGGAGGCCAUUGACCGCGUCGUCGGUGCCCGUCGCGACCGCCACGGCCAUGUCGUUGGUGUCGGAUACCAGCAGGAGCCUGCCAUGACGACUGGCCUCCCUCAGAACCGCACCAUGCGUCGCCAGAUGGCCCGUCAGCAGGCUCGCGCGAACCGUACGGUCAACGGUAACAACAAUUAA